CGGUAUUCAAAUUUUCAGUCAGUCGCGCGUCUGCUUCCCGUGCAGGAAGUGUAUCAUUUCGGGUGUUGGUGUCACUAUCGCCAGAAAAAAUGGUGCUCCCUUUACGGUUAAGUUUUCUCUUCCUGGUGCCACUAGCGGGAGCCUUUCUGUUUCCUGAUAAUCCAACGAUAGGACGCGCGAUGAAAUCCGACGAGAUACUGGCCCAACGUUACGAUAUUCACCCGCAGCAGCAUCAAGAGGAGCAGAUCGUGGAAUCCAGCGAUGCUCACGUCGAAUGCACGACACCGACGAGGUUACGGGGCCGUUGCAUCUCCAUCUACGAGUGUGACAGCAUACUGGACUACUUCAAGCAGCGCAUCCUCACCUGGGAGGAGCGUGAGUUCCUGCGCAAAUCGCAAUGUACCGGAGCGACCAGCGGACGCCAGCCGUUCGUGUGCUGUCCCGGCAACGGUUCCAAACCGGUCGUAGCACCCGCGACGACUGUUCCUGCUGGGACGGCGUCCACCACGCCCGCUGGACCGGCGGCGACUGCACCGAGCGGUGAUGCUGCGCUGGCCGAUCAGCUCGUCGGUGGUUUGCUGCCCAACCCGAAGAAGAACGAGUGCGGCGUUAGCAUCGGCAUGCGGAUCUACGGUGGCCAGAACGCGGACAUCGACGAAUUUCCCUGGCUGGCGCUGUUGCAGUACGAAAACCGCAAGGGCGAGCGAAAGUACAGCUGCGGAGGGUCACUGAUCAAUCCGCGCUACGUACUGACCGCUGCCCACUGCGUGAUCGGAGAGGUUGAGCGCAAGGAGGGCAAACUCGUCUCGGUACGGCUCGGGGAAUACAACACCAAAACCGAAAUCGACUGCGUGACGGAGGAGCAGGAGGAAAUCUGUGCCGAUCCACCGAUCGAUGCCGGCAUCGAGUCGGUCAUCGUUCAUCCGGGAUACCAGGAUAUGGCACACGCAGACGAUAUCGCGCUCUUGCGGCUGGCGCAAUCGAUCGAGUAUACGAGUUUCGUGCAGCCGGUUUGUCUGCCACUGACCGACUUCCGGGCGUCGAAAACGGGCGAGGUCAACUUUGUGACCGGGUUCGGGCGUACGCUGCAAGACAGCCGAAGCGAGAUUAAGCAAAAGCUGGGUAUCAAGGUGUACGAUCAUGCCCGGUGCCAGCAGAAGUACGCUACGAAGAAUUCGUCGAUAACGACCAACCAGCUCUGCGCCGGUGGUGAGUACGCGAAGGACUCGUGCCACGGCGAUUCCGGUGGUCCGCUGAUGAAGCUGCAGAAGGUUUGGUACCUCGAGGGCAUCGUCUCGUACGGCAACCGGUGCGGGCUGGAGGACUGGCCGGGGGUUUACACUCACGUGCCCGCGUACAUGGCCUGGGUGAGAAGCAAUAUCAAGGAGUAACGGUAGUGCAGCGGGAGGAAGGAGAUCUUUACCAGCGUAAUGACAUCUAGGAACAAACUCACAACGAAAUUAAUGACAAACUAGAAUUAAUGCUACAUUCUACGAUACUGGUGUGCGUUGGCAAAGGACAGGGAAGAAUUAAACUGACACAAACAGCUAAUAGGGCAAGGGCAGUCGCUGCAACAUAUCUGAUCGAUGACGACCAACAGUAAUGUCGGCAAGAACGUUUCGCACUGUAAUGUGAACUUUACUGAAGCGAAACUGUGUUAACUGUGCAUUUUACUUUCACCGCUUCUAGAGUAGCACUGCAAAUCGACUGUAGAUCUGUAGGUCAAUGCUAGAUAGUUUGAACCGAUUAUGUACCUUCACUAUGGCAAAAUGUUUACAGAAAAUAUGACAAUAAAACAAACGAUCGUUUACAACCGUU